ACGGUGUAGUUGUUUUUUCCACAGAAAUUGUUUGGUUUAUGAGAAAAAGAACAAGAUUUUCCGAGAAAACGUCCAGUGUGUUUGCUGUGGCUUCUCAGCAUGGGGUUUGAGGAGAAUAUUGUAAAGCUACCGGACGGAACAAACAAAACUUGCCAAGACAAAACAAUUUCUGUUCAUGCUUUCUCUGAUUUGACCCACGUUUCUCCGGUGGUGUUCUUAUACCUUCUAAAAGAAUGCUACGCUCAUGGAACGUGUAAGGCAACAGUAAAGUUCCGAGCUCUCCAACAACAGGUCUAUAAUGUUCUACGUAAUUCUCCCCAAUCAGGGGUGGCUACUUUUGUUCUCCAAUGCCUUUAUGUCCUUCCCAUAUUUGAGUUGCAUUCUGAAGGGUUCAGUCACUUGAUAUUAUCUGCUCUUGUUCGUUUCCAAAAGGCUACAACUACCUCUGCAGACCCCUUGAAUGCAAAAAGACUGGCAGCACGGUUGGUUAUUUAUAUUGUUGGGGGGUCUGUAGACCAUACUGAGAGAAUCACUACAAAGAUAAUUGAAAUUUUUGAUGUUAGGUUGACAGAUGUUGAGGAAGUAGUAUCUGAAUUAAAGGCCCAAAAUGAUUGUAGGUUUAACACUGCAAAAGCAUCCAUUGAGCAGUAUAUAUUUGGACUGAUUGAAUCACAGUCAUAUAUGAUAGCUGUCACUCUAUUAGAACAUUUCUCUAUUCGCCAGUCUGGGCAUUCAUUUCUUUUCAAAAUGAUUGAGAACAAAGAAUUCAGUGCAGCAGAGAAGUGGGCAACUUUUAUGGGGAGGCCAGUGUUAUCUAUACUUGUCCAGGAGUAUGCUGACAGGAACAUGCUAAAGAAUGCUUAUGUCACUAUAAAGAAAAACAAUCUCCAGGAGGAUUUUCCUGAUAUAUAUCAUAAAUAUAAAGAGAGCAUACUAAAGAAGCUAGCAGAAAAGGGAUGCUGGGAUGUGGCAGAGGCAAGGGCAAAGGGUGAUAGACAACUGCUUCAGUAUUUGGUUUUUUUGGCAAUGGAAGCUGGCUACUCCGAGAAGGUUGAUGAACUCUGUGAAUGUUACUCACUUGAAGGUUUCUUGAAAGCAAAAGGACCUGAAGCUGCAAUUUUGCGAAGUCAAUUUUUGAGUCUCAAUGACUUGGCAGUGGAAGAUGUAAUUUGGGUUGAUGAGUUUGAGAGCCUGCAUAAUGUGACUUUCCAGAUCGAGGGAUGUAAAGUCGUUGGUCUUGAUUGUGAAUGGAAACCCAAUUUUGUAAAAGGCAGCCAGCCAAACAAGGUUUCUAUCAUGCAAAUAGCUUCUGAUAAGAUGGUUUUCAUCUUUGACUUGAUAAAGUUAUACAAGAAAGUGCCUGAUGCUCUUGACAACUGCCUAACUCGUAUAUUGCAGUCUCCUAGAAUCUUGAAACUUGGUUAUAAUUUUCAGUGUGAUUUGAAGCAACUGGCUCAUUCAUAUGGAGACUUGGAGUGUUUCAAGCACUGUGAAAGGCUUCUGGAUGUCCAGAAUGUGUUCAAAGAAGCUCAAGGUGGUCUGUCAGGCCUUGUGGAGAAAAUAUUGGGAGUGGGCUUGAACAAAACAAGACGGAACAGCAACUGGGAGCAAAGACCUCUGAGUAAGAAUCAGCUGGAGUAUGCUGCUCUUGAUGCUGUUGUUCUUAUUCACAUAUUCCGCCGUGUUGAUAAUCAUUCACAAUCUGCUGAUGUCUCAGAUGGGCAUGAGACAGUUGAGUGGAAAUCCCACAUUGUCUCCUAUGUGGAUAAUAGUCAAAGAAGUCCAAAAAAGAAUCAGAAAAUGAAAAAACAGUUAAAAGCUUAGACCUACAAACCAUUUAACUAUUCAUCUGUAAAUAUUUCCAUGUAGUUUAUACAGCAAAGGUAGUUUUAUGAUCUCUCUCCUCGCUCCCUACUGUUUUGUUUCAUGGUGCCUUUUUUUCACCCUCUCACUAUAUUGGAAAUAUGCAAAUUUGUUAUAAAUAGGCCCACAGAUUAUUUAGACGUUUAAAGAAGAACAGCAACAGCAACAGCAGCAGCAGCAAAAGCAUGGGAUAAUAUGACCAAAGGAUACAUCUUCCGGCCACCCCUAUGGGUCUUGUAGGGGGGCCGGUUAUUGACUAUCUCCGGAUCCCGGCUUGCAGGAGGGCCGGAACGCUUCCGCCAUUUGCGCUCUCUCUCUGUCCACUGACUCGUACUCUUUUGGCUAAGAUGGAAGCAAAUUAUGGGUGAUGUUUGGCCUCGUUUCACGGAAAUGAGAGGUGAAGGGAGGAAAAGGAAAAUCUUUUUUGAAACAGACACACACCAGAAUUUUAGAAUUUUUGUCUGAAAAUCAUUUGAGGUAUUUCAAGAAGGAUAAUGAUAAAUGAGACUAAAAUUC